AUGGAUAAACAACUAUUCACUACUCCGGCAUCUGUUCGCCGGAGCUCCGAUGAAGUCAGUUUUGCCGAUACCGUUUUCGGAUUUUGGGAGGAAUUCCAAGACUCGUCGGAAAAUUCUUCCAACUCCGGCAACCAUGAGGCAAUCGACGGUAAUUCCGAAGACGAUGAUAGCAUUUGUACCGUGGAAAAAGAUACAAUUUUUUGGGAAGAACAAGAUCAACUUCUCAAGGCAACUUUGUGCAGAAGUAGCUCAAGUGAGGCAAAGAUUAGGCAAGCUACAAAGGAGAUUAUUAAAGAAUCAAACAUGUCUGAGAUGCUAUGCUUGUGCCGGCCACCGGUGGUGGAAGUAAAGAGUUGCCGGAGUUGUUUGCUUAGAGAAAUUUGUGUCCGAUUAUCGAAUCUCAGUUAUAAUUCCGCAAUUUGCAAAUCUAAAUGGAGUAGUUCAUCAGAGAUUCCAUCAGGGGAGCAUACAUAUUUGGAAGUGACUGAAAAUUCAUCAAAUGCUAAAAGAGGUGUAAUAAAAGUGAUUAUAGAAUUGAACUUCAGAGGUGAAUUUGAGAUGGCGCGUGGUAACGAAGAAUACAAUCAAUUAGUGAAGCGAUUACCAGAACUAUUUGUUGGAAAAUCAGAGAGGUUAAGAGUAUUGGUUAAGAUAAUGUGUUCAGCUGCUAAAAAAUGUAUGAAGGAGAAGAAAUUGCAUUUGGCUCCAUGGAGGAAGCAAAAGUAUAUGCAAGCUAAGUGGGUUGGGAAGUGUGAUAGGUCAUUUUUGGAACCGUUGCCUAAAGUGUAUGAAACUAGGGUGACAAGACCUAAGGCUUCAUUGCUCACUUGUGAUUUGAUGCUAGAAAACAUUGCAAGACGCAAUUGUACCGCAGUUGAAGUUAUCUGA